GAGCAGCUGGAGCGAGAUCCCAGCAAGUGAAAGAUGCUGAGUGAGAGUGAGGAGGAGACGUCUCUCCAAGAAAGUACUGAGCAGGAAGUGCUGUGUGAAGAGUUACCAGAAAGAUCAGACACUAACAUCUCUCAAAGUUUGGAUCAGGAGGAAGGCCAUGAGAGUCAGUGCGAGCCUGAAAUGCUGCAGGCGUACCAGCCAAGGAAGAGGGAAUGUAAAUCCGCCUGUCAUGAGGAAACCACCAUUGACCUCAGUAAGACAGCAGCGCAGAAGAACAUCCCCCGGUUGUGGAAAUCCUACAAAUGCCCUGAUUGUGGGAAAUGUUUUAAGCGGUGCUCACCCCUCAUAAGACAUCGGAGAACCCACAAUGGAGAGAAGCCCUAUGUCUGUCCCGUGUGUUUGAAAUGUUUCAGUGAUGGCUCUGCCCUUGUGAAACACCGAAGGAUUCAUGCAGGGGAGAAACCUUAUACCUGUCCUGAGUGUAGGAAAAGCUUCUCUCAGAGCUCAACCCUUAUCGCUCAUCAGAGAAUCCACACGGGUGAGAAGCCCUAUAAAUGCUCUGUCUGUGGGAAAAGCUUCAGCAUCAGCUCAAAUCUUGAGGCUCAUCAAAGGAUUCACACAGGAGAGAAACCUUAUGAAUGUUCAGUCUGUCAGAAAAGCUUUCUUGUCAGCUCACACCUUAUCAGGCAUCAGAGAAUUCACACAGCAGAGAAACCAUAUAUUUGCCGGGAGUGUGGUGAGUGCUUCACUCAGAGUUCUCAUCUGGUUGUCCAUAAGAGAAUCCACACUGGGGAGAAACCUUAUUUAUGUCCUGUGUGUGGCAAGAACUAUCGUGGAAUCUCAGACUUUAUUCUGCAUCAGAGAAUCCACACAGGUGAGAAGCCAUAUACCUGCCUGAAGUGUGGGAAAAGCUUCCGUCAAAGCUCAUGUCUUACCAAACAUCAGAGAAUCCACACAGGAGAAAAACCUUAUGAGUGUCAUGAAUGUAGGAAAAGCUUCAGUCGGAAUUCACAUCUUACUAGGCACCAGAAAAUCCACUUUGGGCAAAGGAAUGCUAGACAGAUGCUUAUAAAAUAAAAGGCUCCCUGUCUGAAACUGAAAGUUAGGCUCAUUGUCAUCGUUGACAUACACUGAGGAGAAAGUCUACCUGUUAACUGUUCUCCCUGUUCUAUUAUAGUCUUUGUCCCACUAUCUUGCACCACAGAUGUCUCCAAAGGAAUCAAAGAUUUACCCAGGACUUGAUCUGCUGUUGUUGUUACCUUAUUGUAUGAAUAUGUUUAAUCUUUCAAGGUUUCUUGCUUUACAAAUAAUACCGUAUUCCUAUGUCAAUUAUAGAAAAACCUGCGCUUGAGAACUUAUCAGCUUUAAAAUGCCGUAUUGUAAGUUUCCCCCUUACACAGUAAGAUGUGAGAUACACUUUAGUAAUGGUUUCUAGGGGAAUCCCUGGCAUGGGCUGCUUUUUACAAGGAGGUGAAGUUGAAGUGGAUGCUCUUGUGAUGAAAAAUGUUAGUCUUCCUUUCUCUAGGCCGAUUCAAAUGUGCAGAAACAAUAUGCGAUACAAACUUUCCUGGACUGUACCACUUCACACUGUAAGUUGGGCUUGAACAAUCCCUGAUAUAAAAACUCCCUGUGUUGCUAGUGAGCUCCUUUUCGAGCUAAGACUGAUGAUCCUGUGAAAUCUCCAUGUUGGAAAAGUAGCAUCUGUUGAACCUCUGCCUGCCAUGCUGACGCAGUAAUCCUAGUUAGUGUGAAGCCAUUUGCUGUUUCCAUUCCUGUGAAGCACUGCUGAAAGUGUAUACAGCACAUAUUUUAGAUGAAAUUGGAUGAAAGAACUAAUGAAACUCCAUUUUGAAACUACCAAAAUAUACAGCAUCCACAUCCAGGUUCCAGAACAUGAAGGUUAUUGUUCACAUCAUUUAGGAAUUUUAUCAGUUUGAUUUUUAUCA